CAACAGAUGUGCAAUUUGAUGUCAAAUUUGCUUCAAAAUAUCUCAGCAGUGAUUGAAUGAUGCUCUGGGGGAAUCAGUGCAAUCUUUUUUGCUUCCAAGAAUCCCUGUUCAACUCUUGUUCUGUGUCUUUUACUGUUUCCUCAGAGGAGACGGGGGAGAGAUCAAGUAGCCCACACACUGUGCGGUGUGCGCGGAGGGGUGAUGCCUCGAGAGCGCAUCACAGGACGACAAAACCCCUCUGCAACACGCAGUGCCAGACUAGAGCAGCUUUGGCAUGAUAGCUUGUUUAGUGCAGUUUAAAAGGGGAAAAGCUGGGGCAGCUUGUUCUUUCUACCCUCCAAAAAACAUACUUCGUAUCAUGCCGGAAUCCAGCUGAUCCAUCUUCGCUGCGCAGUGACAAUGUAGUAGAGAGAAGAAGAAAAAGAAGAAGAAGAGGGGGAUCUCCACCGGCUGGAGAGAUCUGGGGAUGCAUGGACACGGUUAUGGGUGAUUAAUGCUGAGGCUGGAUAUGCGCACAAAAAAGUGAGAAGUGAGUUUCGGGGGGCGCACAGGAUGGACACUGCGGAGGUAAUUCUCUCUGUGUUGGUGGUUGUGAUUAUCAUAGUGUCGUUGCUGUCCAACAUCCUGGUGCUGAUCUGCUUUCUGUACAACCCGGAGAUCCGCAAGCAGGUGCCCGGUCUGUUCAACCUCAACCUCACCUUCUGCAACUUGUUGCUGACCGUCUCCAACAUGCCGCUCACUUUGGUGGGACUCGUCAGCAAGGCUCAGCCGGGCGGAGACGGCUUCUGUCAGAUCGUGGGCUUCCUGGAGACCUUCCUGUCCACCAACUCGAUGCUGAGCAUGGCAGCUCUGAGCAUCGACAGGUGGAUCGCGGUGGUGUUCCCCCUGAGGUACCACUCCAAAAUGCGCCACAAGGACGCGGCUUUUGUGCUCGGCUACACGUGGGCGCACUCCAUGUCCUUCUCCACGGUGGCCACCUGCCUCUCCUGGGUGGGAUACCACCGGCUUUACGCGUCCUGCACCCUGUCCAACCCGAGGGCGAGCAGCCGGACCCAGUUUGUUGUCUUCACCGUCUUUUUCCACUCCUUCACCUUUCUGCUGUCUUUUAUAGUGUUGUGUGUCACAUACCUCAAAGUCCUUAAAGUGGCAAGGUUUCACUGCAAGAGGAUCGACGUUAUUACAAUGCAAACUUUGGUGCUGCUGGUGGAUAUACACCCCAGUGUUCGUCAGCGUUGUCUGGAGGAACAGAAGAGGCGACGGCAGAGAGCGACGAGGAAGAUCAGCACCUUCAUCGGCACCUUCAUGCUCUGCUUCGCUCCCUACGUGAUCACAAGGAUAGUGGAGUUAUUUCCAGCGGUGCCUAUCAACCCUCACUGGGGAAUUGUCUCCAAGUGCUUGGCUUACAGCAAGGCAGCCUGCGACCCCUUCGUGUACUCCCUGCUACGGCACCAGUACAAGAAGACGUGCACUGACAUCAUCAACAGGCUGCUGAAGCGCAGCUCCCUGAACGCAUCAGGCCGCGGGCAGGAGAACCAGGUCAACAGCAUACCGACCGACUGACGGAGAGAAUGGGCUGAUGGGAUACGGUCUGAGAGGUUGACCCGGCAGCCCAUCAUGGGAAAUGUAGAACCUGAUUUAUCGUUGAUGAGGACAUAUAUUGGUUGUUCCUGUUCACGUCUGCUUGAAUUUGGUCUGAAAUGCCAAAAAAAAAAAAAAAAAAAGAAAAGAAAAAAUACAAGGAGUCCCUGCACACAAGGGCAAAUCCCUGCACAGGAGCACCGCCUCGCUUGUGUACUGAGUGGUCAGAACAGCAGAUCAGCGCGGUGAACUUGCUGUGAGGACAGUAGAGAAGAGCAGAUUUCACAUCCACCUGGACAGACAGAUGAGCUUGCCCAGUAAGAACAGCCAGUUCCUAGCCUCAUUAUUUUAACUAGGGUAGCUUUCGGUCUGAUACAGCUCGCUCUAUAUUGAUUUUUGCAGUUUGUUUUCACAUCACACUGUAUCUUAUCUGUAAGAAUACGAUGGGAUGUCUGUUUUAGUCUGUGCAAAGUGUUUGCAAGUGACUAGUUGACAAUUCUGUAUGUAGCACUGAAAACUAGCCUAGCCAAAACUUGAUACACUAGAAGUCCCCUAAUUGUAUUCCAGAUGAAAUUACAGCAGAGAGUUAAGCUGCACAGUCCGGCUCAGGUUUAUUUAGGCCAAAUUAAGCAAAUUCUUGGAGUACUCUCACUUUUUUAGUACUUUUUCUGGUAGAUUCAGCUGGAAAUAGCAAGAUAAUGUGUUAUUUUUUGCUUUAACACCCAUUUAGAAGGAUUUUUAGUAGGAAAACCGAGCCUUCAAACCGGCUGCCUUUGCUGUCACGACUGACGUUCGCCCCUCAGGUUGCUUGGUCAAGUGGAGCAUGAUUAACUGUACUUCCCUGGCUUUGAAACCCACACAUACACGAGUGACCAUUAGAUCAGAAAUAUAUGAUGUUUUUUUUCCUUUAGCAGUAGGAUUUCAUAGCAGUGACAGCCAUCCAUGCAAAGGUACAAGCGGAUCUUAGAACAAAGCACCGCUGAAAGCAUUUAUGCUCGAGUCAGGGGUAAAGCUAGAAGAAGUCUCAUUUUAGUUUUUCUGUACAUCUAGUACAUGUUGCAUGUGUAAUGGUGAUAGCUGAGGGCACCUUAAGGAAAGCACGUAAUAUUAUUUUGACCUGUUUGAAUUAGUGAACAUGCUAAUUCUAGUAUCAUUCAUUCAUUUUUGCAUAUUCAGUAGGAUUACCAUUAGCUACACACUAGCAUGACGACUAUAAAAGUGAAAGUUAAACUCAAUAUGGCUAUAAUGCAAUACGUUAUUGCAGAUACUAAAUUACAUACCGUAAUAUUAUGAAAAGGUUUCUACCUCUGAGGUGGCAUGUUUUUUUCAUAAAGGCCUGUCUCAGUCUGAACUAAGCAAUAGGUUGUGCUGAAAACCGUCCUGAAGGAAUCACAGAACACAGGCUAAGCAUUUCAGAGCUUUGUUACAUGAUUGUGUAAGACGUGAAAUGAUGCAAUAGCUAUAACCUUUAUUAUAUGAACAGACCUGUAACCCCCAAGUCUCCCACAAUAUUGGGUUGACUGCCAGAGGGCAAAGUCUGUGCGGAACAAUACUAAACUCUCUUCAAAAACUCAUCAAAUCCUUUUCUUGGAAAGUAAACAUAAUCCAACAAUGACUUGGUUUGACCCCUAAAAUCUCUGGAAACACGCAGAGAUAUUCAGUUUGUUAUUAUAGAAGUCACAGAGAUGCUGGAAUUUUGGGCAUUUGCUGUUUAAAAAUAAUGUGCAUAAUAACUCAAAAAGGUUGCAGUUGAAUUUUCUGUCAACCAACCUUAUAGUGAAUUGACUAUUUUUUUGUUCUACCAAUUUCUCAAGCAGAUAAUUAUGAAGGAUACAGGGAUUCUGUAUUUAAUCAGUCUAAUUCCCCUCAUAGGGCUGCACAUUGGAGUAGUGGUUAGCACUUUCGCCUUGCAACAAGAAGAUCCCAGUUCAAAUCCCAGGAUGGGCCUGGGAUCUUUCUGCAUGGAGUUUGCAUGUUCUCCCUGAGCACGUGUGGGUUUUCUCCGAGCACUCUGGCUUCCUCCCACAGUCCAAAAACAUGCUGAGGUUAAUUGAUUAUUCUAAAUUGCCCAUAGGUGUGAAUGUGUGUGUGAUUGUGUGUCUGUAUAUGUAGCCCUGAGACAGACUGGCGACCUGUCCAGGGUGUCCCCUGCCUUGGCCCAAGUCAGCUGAGAUAGACUCCAGCACCCCCCACGACCCUAAUGAGGAUAAAGCGGUGUAUAGAGAAUGGAUGGAUGGAUGGAAUUCCCCUCAUACAGGCGUAGAAACCAUAUAAAUUGGUAGAUUGGCUAUAGAUCAGGAUGACUAAUCCUUAAUAGUAGGAACACACAGACACGCCUUGUUGUUAGCGCCAUCUCCCAUUUUAAUUCAUUUUUUUCAGAGCAGCUCUGCCUACAAGGAAUGUUUGUAUAGCUAAAUCUCCAUUUUCAUAGUAAAAUGUUUCCACGGGAACAAAAAGUGACACUAACAGUGUUUGCAGGAAAGUUACCCGGCAACCAGUAAUUAGCAUCUUUAACAAAACGAAUCAUAUAAAGUUCCCCGUUUACUCUCGCCAUUGAUACAUAUUCUGUGUACUCAUUUCGUCACGUUGUUUCUGCAGUAGCCUUUAGCCCAUUGUUGUACCCAUUAUGUUGUUUAUUUCUGUAUCAGAAGACAGGCAGCUUUGUAUCAGAGGGUUUCCACUGGGCUCCACUUGUUAUAGAGUUGACUUACUAUAGAUAGAAGUGCUUAGACACCUUAGUCCAGACGACAAAAUAAAGUACUGCUGAGGUUUAUUCAUGAAUAUGUGAUUUACACUGGGAUUUUGGAUACAAGGUGAAUUUAUACUGUACAUCCAGUGAGACAGAGCAGUGCCAAACUUAUCAUCAAUGCCCAGUGAGCCAAAUAUUAGCAGCUGCAGUUCAUUUUGUAAAAAAAAUCACAAGAAUAUACAUGUAAGGUAUUUAUGUAAUUACAAACCAAUACGUAUUUGCUUUCAUUUGUACCCAUGAGUUUAAGGUUUUAUGGUUAUACGGAGGAGAACUUUUUGUCUUGGAUACAUGAUGCAUUGCAUAGUACUGUAUUACACUCCAAGACAACUGAUGCCUUAAAUUCUGUGCGAUUUCAAAGUUUUUACCUUCACAGUGGCAUACGGAUCUCUUUGACAUUAUAGACAGAAUCAAUCAUUGCCUUAUUCUGUUUUGUUCAUUAGCGUCACUCAGAAUCUGAUUCUGUAUUUCUGGAUCCUGGUUCUGAUUUCAGUUCUCACACACAAUGUUUUCUUAUAAGCUGUGGUUAUUGAUGACUAAACAUUAAAUAAUACGUGUUGACAGAUUUAGAUAAAUGAUGACGUGAAAAGUAUUUUUUGGUCUUUUGAUAGAGAUAUAUAUAUAUAGAUAAAUAUACACGUGUAAUUUCUGAUGGCACUGUAUCAGUUAGAGUUUUACAGAAUGUGCUGCUUUUCAAAUGCAAAAUUAACUGUUGCAGGUAGGUGGCAGUGAGUUGAGUGUACUAUACCUCAUUUUGUUUGUUGGUGACUGACUUGACUGCCUGAAAUGUUUUGUAAUGUACCUUCUAAUUUAUUAAACCUCGAGCUCAA